ACCUGUCUUUUUCUAAGUUUACUUGUUAAUUUUGUUAUCUAAAAUUGUGUGUUACACAUGGUAGAUACUUAAAAGACAUAUGAAUCUUAAUUUGAUUUUUCUCUCAUAGAUGGGUGUUGGGGCUAGGAUAGGUACUUUGCUAGAAUCUAUUUUUUUUUCUUUUUUUCUUUGCUAAAAUCUAGACAUAGUAUUCCAAGCAGUGUCAUAUUUGAAUUAGUUUGAAUUCUCAUGAAGUUUACAGAGAAUGUUAGAGAACUCAAUAUUUCAUUUGAUUUGACUGUGAGAACUUUCAGAUUCACAGUGUGAAUAUCUAUUUCCUUCAAGAAUUCUUCCUGUUUUUGCAGGAAAUGUUUGUGGUUUCUGAGACCCAUAUCUGGAGCUGAUGAUGGUUAUAAGCAGAAACCUAGUACUAAAAUUAGAAAAAAACCAUAAUCAUUAUUUCUUCAAUGUGCUUAACAUUGAACUCAUUACUUGGAAGCUAAAGUAGUAAAUUGGUGUAAAAUUAUAGAUUUCCAAAAGUGUAAAGAUCUUUCAAAGGCUGUCUAGUCUACUCUCAGAUAAAAUUCUCAAAUUCUAUUGAUACCAAUAGUGCAUUAUUCUAUUUCCACUAAAGGCUGAAGUUUUGAGUAAUGUCUUUUCAGAAAGGAGUGGCUAUAAAGGACUGGGCAAUCUCCAGAAUGGCUCCAGACAUGAUGGAUGUGGAUGGCAAGGUAUUAGACUCAGCUGAAGGUUCUAGGAGAAAAUCCAUGCUGGCAGGCAGAACUCAAACUCUCACAGUUAUGGAAAAACUGGUAGUAAGUACAGAAUAAUGAUCCAUUUCAGGGAGAUCCAUGACUGAGGAGCACAUGGUAGCAAAUCCAAGAUGUCUUGUUUGGAGAUAUAAGUUGAUAGGAAAAUAGAUCAGGAUAGAACUCAGUCUCUAACGAGCUUCAGGGUUAGGACUGUAAACUACAUAGCCUGGUCUACAAAGUCCCUAAAGCUAAUCUUCACCUGCAGCUCUGUGCUCAUGCUGUGCCUCCCAUCUUCCUUCUCACCCUCAAUUCUUCCGUCACUAGUUUUCUUUCCAGUGACAGAAUACCAACUUCCUUGGCACCCCAGAGUCUUUGUCAUUCAGAUGUUGGCUUAAAUAUCAUCUGUUCAUGGAGACGUUUUCAGAACACUCUCUACCAUAUGAUUCCAUUUUAGUUAUCUGCAGAAGCUUCAGAGCUUUGGCCUCAUUAUCUGUACCCUCUCCACUACAAUCUAAACUCAGUGAGAGUGGGACGUCUGUGUGGUUCCUUGUGGUAUCCAAUAUCAGGUCCUAGCAUAUUCUUUUUUUUUUAAGAUUUGUUUAUACAAGAACUGGGGUACAGGCCAGAUGUGGCGGAGGGUGAGAGGAUCCACGAGAGACAGAGUGGGGAACAGAACAGGCAGACUGACGAAAUACACUGCUGAGGGGAGCAGCGGGUGAGACAAGAGAGGCCUGCCGCACCAUCCGGGACCCUCGCCGGCCAGCCGGAUCAAACCGGCGCUGCACAGGCUGUGGACAGCUUCACAGCGCGGCCCUCAACCGCCUGCGCCAUCAGGGAGGCCCAAGACCUAGCAUAUUCUAAGUGCUUAUUAAACAUUAAAAUGAAUGAAUAAACAGACUAAUAGAUUAAAAAAUGAAUUAUUCUAAUUGAGGGAGGCAAUUGACAAGGUAAUAGUAUCUAUAAUUAAAAAAUUUGAAACCAAACCCUUAACUAAAAUCAAUAACAGGGCUGAUGAGAAGGCAGUCACCAGAUGCAAGUGUUUUAAUAAAUGAAGAGCAUGAACACAAAUGGCAGGAGUAGAGUCGGGGAGGAAGUGAUGGUCAAUAGCUUGAGCCUUACUGGAGGAUGAAGUAUUAGAGGGUGGUGGAAAAGCUAGUUUGAAUGAGUGUUGGGGAGAUGCCAGUCCUCCCUCCUGUUUUGAGAACUAGGGAGACUAAAAAUUCAUCAGGAGGCUUCAGUUAAAGGAGAUUUGAAUAAAGCUGUCUGCACAAAGGUUGUAGAUACAGUGGGAUUGGUUUGUGAUGGUAUAUGGACAGUGUGGAGGGGAGGCAAUGGUAUAGAGGAAUGGGAUGGUGUGAAGAAGGACCCACCAGUAAGAGGAAGAGUCUUCUGAAGGACAGGGAACGAAAGUUUUGGGUUUGUUUGUUUGUUUGUUUUUUGAGAUGUAGGAUCAUAGCGAUGAUAGUCACAGAAAUGACUGGCCUCAGACAUGCAAUUUUGUCCCAAGUCUUUGAGGAGUAUCUUGUGAAACACACAGAGACACAUGCACACAGGCACAAUGCACCUGAUGCCAAAGCCUUUGUUCUUUCAAGUGCAUGGAACCACAGAGUAAGUUUCAGUUUACGUUAGCCAGAUGUAGCUGCCAUUAAUUUUUCUUGAUUCAGUAAGUGAACGAUCAUGUAUUCCCCCCAACCCCCAAUAACUUACUAGUCACUGGGUAAGAAUUUAACUCUCCUCCAGGUACUAACAGUGUUAUAACAUACCUGAGCAGCAAAAGGCAGAAGUGAUAUUAUUUAGCUUAUGAACAAAAAACAAAGUUUGUCAUUGAUCAUUUCCUGCAAUAGAGGAAACUGGCGUUUCCAGCUUGCACAGUGAAAAGUAUUGUUUCCAUUGGAUUGGUGCACUGGGUCAGGAACAGUAGGAAAGACCCCAGUUUGCAGUUUGGUGGACACAAAUGAAACAAUGGAGGAAGGUCUGAAUUCCUAAAUCCAGAGUGCAAGUGUAACAGAGGGGUCCCCAGGACAAGGGGAGGUUCUAGGUUCCCUGCCCCACCCAAAGGAGGGUGGAACUGAGUAGAGAGGAGAAGAAGCUGGACAGGAGACUGAAUGGGAAGCAGAUGGAGAGCCAGAAGGUGACCUGAAGAAAGCGUAAGGAGCAGAGAGACAGGUGAAAAAAAUGUACUUGCUUUUUGGUUCUGGAUUGGAUGAAAGAGACAUGGGUGAGAGACCCAUGGGGAGGUUAACACUGGCAGCUUUUAUCUUGAUUUUGAUUUUGUUCUUUUCCUCUUAGACUUGUCUGACUACGUAGUUUCUGACCCUUUUCUAUGCGUCCCUGCCAGAAAGUGCUUUAGACUUGUACACAACUGUCGGUCUUGCUUUGGACCAAAUCUAUUUGGUGGGACAUUUACCCACAAGGGAAUGGGUGACUUUGGUUGCUUGAUUUGGAAACUACCUUCUUUGUCUUUUCUGUAUUGCACACUAAUUGUAUUAAAAUUCCUUUCCAUUAAAGAUCUAUAUGUGUUGUCUUGAUGCAGUGGACUGCAGAACCUAUUUUAGGAUAGACGGGUUUGGGGGUUCUGGUGUGCCCCUCUCCCUGCCGUGUAAGUCAAGGUCAUCUGUGGCAUCUUCUUGUAAAAAUGGGUGGCUACUGGGGAAGUCAAGCAUGUAUGCUUGAUUGUUUGUCUGCCAGAGCUGAUUUGGUUGCAAAAAGAAAUCGAAACCUUGUGAAGCCCUCUUCUCUUUCAGAAAGUUGUUUUUGCUAAGAACAGGAAAUCCCAGCCCCCGGCCCACCCAAACCACUGCUGAAGCAGCAAAGAGGCAGAAGCACCCAGGUCUGACUUGAAAUGGCAACCAGGUCUGACUUGGUUAAGAUCAUCCUGGAGAAGUUUUCCACAUUACUCAAGCACCGCAGCAAGCUGGAAUAUGGCUUGGUGAGCCUGCUGACUGCAGGCGGAGAGAGCAUAUUCUCCACUGCAAUAUUCCAGUGCCCCUGCAACACCACCUGGAACCUGCCCUUUGGCUUGAUCUUCCUGCUGAUGCCGGCGCUGGCCCUUUUCCUCCUGGGCUUCGUGCUGAACACACGCACCUGGCGCCUGGUAACCGGCUGCUGGUGCUGCUGCUGCUGCUGCAAGGGGAGAGGCAACCAGUCGUUUACCUGUGGGUACCAAUGCUUUGUGGAGAUCAGGUCGAUCUGCAUCAGCGCCUUGGUUGCCCCCCUCACCUGGGUGGCUGUGGGGCUGCUCUGGGGCACUUUCUACGAGUGCUUUGCCAGCGGUAGCUCCUUCAUAGUGGGGAUCAUGUGCGUCGGCCGCAAAGACAACUGCGCCACAUUGAUGCCCAAGUUGCCCUGUCUGCAGGACCGAGAGCCAGACCUGCAGGACCUCCUGAGGGAGCUCAGGUCCCAAUCACAGGUGGCUGGCUGGAUCCUCAUAGCUGUGGUUAUCCUCAUUCUUAUGAUUGUUAAAUGUUUUACCUAUUGCCUAUCUCCAGUUAGUUUUAUGCAGCUGGAAUUUAAGAAAAUCUAUGAGAAGCAGGAACAGAAGAUCCUUACAAAAGAAUCCAGAGACAAUGCAACUGAAUUGGCAAAUAAGAAUGUUAAAUGUUUCUUUGAAGGCUCAUGUCCAGAUCACAACAGUCCAAGUGCUGAAGACUGGCAGCAGAUUUCAUCACUCUAUACUUUCAAUUCAGAGGAGCCAUACUAUAGCACGUUGCACAAACAUGUUAACAUAAGAGAGAAGGGUGACAGCUUUUCUGAAGGAAAUGCAGAGGUUUCUACUUUUAACAUUGUAGAGGUACAACAAUGUAUGACCUUAAGACAACAAUGUAUUAACUUAUGAAUGGAUGGGGAAAAAGUUCUUUUGUGUUUCAUUACAAAAACAUUCUGUUUUGUUGAUGACUGCUUUUUUUUUCAAAGGCUUCCAAACUGUGGAAACAUAAUUUUAUAUUUGAAAUAAAAAUUUAGAAUUUUACCAGGCAU